AUGGAAGUGUUAGAUUUAGCACACAAAGCUCCGUGCGGUGGACAGUUUGGCAGUCGGAAAUUAGCAAGUCGCGUUUGCGAGAGCUUCUAUUGGCCGGGAAUGGCGACCGAUAUCUGGAAGUACUGCCAGAAUAGUCAUAGGUGCCUAGUAAGAGCGUCUGAUCUAGUCUUAGAUAGGACCCCAGUUACACCACUUACUCGAUUCUUAACCCCGUUUCAAGUGGUUAACAUAGGCAUGAUUAUACCGAUUGAUCCCUUGUCAUCUAAUGGUCAUCGAUACACAGUUUGCAUAAUUGGCUUAUGCACCCAAAGGUCAGAAGUGGAAGGGAUGAGAGCACUUUCAGUGACAGCCACUUGUUUGGUAUUUUUGCAAUCUUUUACGCGAACGGGUUUCCCCGAACUAAUUGGUUGCAAUCAGGAAACAAAUUUCACCGCAGGAUUGACGCGUGAAAUGACCAGUAUGUUAAAAGUAGGGAAUGAAGAGAUGGAUCGGAUCAAAGCAGUCCACGAUAUUGCAACUAAGCAUACGGCCGAAAAGCGAGAAGAGUAUGCAAUGCAUUACAACUUGAGAGCACGGCCAAAGGAAUAUAACAUUGGGGAUACGGUUCUCGUGGAAAAGUCUUCCCCGGAUGACAAAUUAGAUGUCCGGUGGGAAUGGCCGGAUGUAGUAGAAAAGCGAAGUUUCGCUGUAGGAGUGGUACUUGAUUCCGAUGGGAGAUUCGGGGAACUGGAUCAAACUCUGUCCCCGUGACAGCUGCACGAUCGCGGACGAGGGGACGGGAGAGU